AUGUCGGCCAAUCACUCUCGAUCCUCGACCCGACCCUCCAGCGAGGUCGAGCGAAAUACAGAGGAAAACCGCAAGAGCGGCCACAAGCGACAAAGAUCCAAUACCGCCAGCUCCCUUCGCUCCAAUGGCACCGUUCGCGCCCCACAGGUGUCGAUGGACCACGACACGUCCCCACUUGCCAAGAUCGGGAUCAAGGGUGACAAGCUCAUGCUCUUCGUCACCUGCUUCGCCUCGUUAGGCGUCUUUCUCUUCGGAUACGAUCAGGGCGUCAUGAGCGGCAUCAUCACGAGUCCUUACUUCAAGGCUUACUUCGGUCACCCUGACUCCUAUCAGAUCGGCACUCUUGUCGCCAUCCUCGAACUCGGAGCGCUUGUUACGAGUCUUGCUUGUGGUCGACUCACGGACAUUUUCGGUCGCAAGAACAUCCUCUUCUGGGGCGCCGUCAUCUUCUCGGUCGGCGGCGCCAUCCAGACCUUCACGUCCGGCUACGAUAGCAUGCUUUGUGGUCGCCUUGUGGCAGGUUUUGGAGUUGGAAUGCUUUCCAUGGUGGUGCCCACGUACCAGAGCGAAAUCUCGCCAGCGGAGAACCGUGGAAGGCUUGCCUGCAUCGAGUUCACUGGUAACAUCAUCGGUUAUGCCAGCAGUGUAUGGGUUGAUUACGGAGCAUCCUACCUCGAAAGCGACCUCGCAUGGCGCUUCCCUCUCAGUCUCCAAGUCAUCAUUGGUGCCACGCUAGCUUUUGGCUCCCUCCUGCUCCCUGAAUCUCCUCGUUGGCUUCUCGACAAGGACAUGGACGAGGAAGGCAUGCGUGUCCUCGCCGACCUACACGGCGCAGGUGAUCCCAACGAGCCUCGUGCCAAGCUCGAGUUCCGCGAGAUCAAGGAGAACGUCCUCUACCUCCGCAAGCAAGGCGACAACUCGUACAAGCGCAUGUUCACCCAGUACCGCUACCGCACGCUCAUCGCCAUGUCCUCCCAAAUGUUUGCUCAGCUCAUCGGCAUUAACACCGUCUGCUACUACCUCCCGAUGAUCCUCGAGUCGGCCGGCUGGAUCGGUCGCGAUGCGCUCUUCAUGGCAGGCGUCAAUGGCAUUAUCUACACGCUCGCCACCGUCCCCACCUGGUACCUGGUCGACCUGUGGGGACGUCGCAACAUCCUUAUGUCCGGCGCAUUUGGCUGCGGCGCCGCUCUCACCGCCUGUGGGUACUUCCUCUACCUCGACCAGGAUUACACCCCCAAAGCCGUCGUCGGCUCGAUUAUCGUGUUCAACGCCUGGUUCGGCUACAGCUGGGGUCCAAUCCCCUGGCUUUAUCCGCCCGAGAUCAUGCCUCUCGCCUUCCGCGCAAAGGGUGCGUCGCUGGCGACCGCAACCAACUGGUCGUUCAAUUGGCUGGUCGGCGAGUUGACGCCCAUCCUCAUGGAGAAGAUCGGCUGGAGGCUGUACCUGAUUCUGGCGCUCUUUGCACUGCUGGCGCUGAUCACAGUGUACUUUGGCUAUCCAGAGACAUCCGGUGUGCCGCUAGAGGAGAUUGGGGCGCUGUUCGGCGACGAGAUCAACGUGCCUCAGGACGAGGACAGCUCCGACUCCGACGAUGAUGACGAAGAGAACACCGACGGUACCAACAGGCGACGUCGCAGUGCAAGCGCCGAUGGCUCAACCGAUACGCCCUUCACGCCUCGUCCCAUCCGCCGCUCGAUCUCGAGCCACCCACGUCUGCAAUCGGAAGAGGAACGCGCCGCACGAGCAGCAGCAGCCCGCGUAGCCGCCGAAGAAAGACGCGCCGCCCAAUCCUUCUUCGGUCUCGGCGCCGUCGGGCCCCUGCGAUGGGUCGGAAGGUUGUUCGGCGGAGGCAAGCGCGAAGCCACCCCUGACCGAAGCCUGUACGAAGAGGUGAGACGGGAUGAGCACUAG